AUCAUCCAAGUCGGUCAGUCAUGCACCCAACAACUUCCAAACAAAUUAAAAGUUCUUUUUCUCUUCCUGGUAAUUUUGUGUCCUCAACAAGCCUACGAUUCCCAUACACAUAUAUAAGCCAUAUAUAUCCAGUCUUCUCAUUCCAUCCAACAUAACAAAUUCUAAUUUUACUGCAUUCCUCCACUUACAUUUUUGUGUUCUUUCUUAUAACUAUAACCAACAAUGGAGAGGACAUUGUCACCUUCUUUAUCACUAAUUUCCCUUCUUGGGUUUCUCUUAUACUACAGAAUUCUCAAUUGUAUUCAAAUUUAUUACUCAAAAAUACAAAGAUUUCUUCAGAUUCAAUUAGAUAUUGAGUUUGGCAAAUUUAUUAGUAUUCGAUACGAUUUUCAUGAACUGUCUAGUACAGAUGAAAUAUCAUCUAACAGCGCUAACAAGUUAUGCAACCAUCAUGAGACGAAGGAUGCAUCGGUAGAUGCGGAAAGGAUGGUGGCAAGUGAUGACAGUGCUGGAGAAUUAUACGUGGGAGAUGUGGAGAUGGUAAUGAAGAAUUUGGGUUUGGGAGUAUUUUGCAACCAUUUUGAUGCAAAGCAACUUCAUGAUCAGAGAUUAAAUUCAGUCGAGUUUUCAAACUUGUUCGACGAGGAUGAGCCAAGUUUGACAGAACUGAAGAAAGCUUUUGAUAUGUUUGAUCAAAAUAAAGAUGGGUUUAUUGAUGAAAGAGAGUUGCAGGAUGUUUUGUUUAAGUUAGGAUUUAAGGAAGGACAUGAUAUCAAGGAAUGCGAGAGAAUGAUUAGAGUAUUUGAUGAUAAUAGAGAUGGUAGGAUAGACUUUAAUGAGUUUGUUAAGUGUAUGGAAAAGAGCUUUGAAUGACUAAUUCUCUUGUAAAUGUACUACUACUAAUUACUUGAUGAAUAACAAAACAAAAAAAGGGCUUUUAAAAAUUUGGAUUAAAA